GAGAACUUGAAUCAUGGACAUGGACGCCGCGGUUUGUCUCCAAGAUUUUGAAGAUUUUGCUAUCAAAUACCUCCCAAAGAAUGCUCUUGAUUAUUAUAGGAGUGGUGCAAAUUCCGAACAAACAUUGAAAGAUAAUCGAAGCGCAUUUGAAAGACUGAGGCUUUAUCCUCGUAUUCUUCGAGAUGUGUCUGUGCGUGACAUGUCAACGACUGUCCUUGGUCAACGGCUCCCCUAUCCCAUUGCUAUCGCACCUACAGCUAUGCAGAGAAUGGCCCAUGCAGAUGGGGAAGUGGCAACAGCACGAGCUGCUACAGCAAUGGACACCGGUAUGAUCCUCAGUUCCUGGUCUACCAGUAGCAUCGAGGAAGUUGCAGAGGCUUCUGGGAAGGGACUAAGAUGGUUCCAGCUCUACGUGUACAAGGACAGAGAGGUCACCAGGGACCUGGUCAAACGUGCAGAGAGGGCGGGCUACAAGGCCAUUUUCGUGACGGUGGAUACGCCCGUGCUCGGGAAGAGACUGGCCGAUAUCAGGAACAAGUUCUCAUUACCGGAGCCACUAAGAUUGGCAAACUUCACUUCGAAGCUGAUCGAGUCGUGUGGUGUACGUGGAUCAUCCAGUUCUGGUCUAACAGAGUACGUAGCGUCACUGAUUGAUCCUACGCUGAGCUGGAAGCACAUUGAAUGGUUGAAGACUAUCACAUCAUUACCAAUCAUUCUCAAAGGUGUCCUCACAGCUGAGGAUGCACGAGAAGCAGCAGCACACAAUGUAGCAGGUGUGGUCGUAUCCAAUCAUGGAGCUAGACAGCUCGAUGGGGUUCCAUCUACAAUUGAAGCCUUGCCCGAGGUUGUUGAUGCUUUAAAAGGCACUGGGUUGGAGGUUUAUCUGGAUGGUGGCGUCAGGACUGGAACAGAUGUUCUCAAGGCGAUAGCCCUCGGAGCGAGGGCGGUAUUCGUUGGUCGGCCAGCAUUGUGGGCUUUGGCAUACAAUGGUGAGGCAGGAGUGAAGAGGAUGAUUGAAAUUUUGAGGGAUGAGUUUAGUCUUGCCAUGGCUCUUUCGGGUGCAACAAAAAUCUCAGAAAUCAACAGGAGAUUAGUCCGAAGACAACCGCCAUCUUAUACCUCUUCAAAACUGUAAUAGAAAUUAUCUGGAACCCACAACAAAAAAAGCUAACAAUUGAUUUUAGGGCUGUAUUUGACCAUUGAUCAUGCACAAUGGUCAUGGCAAUCAAAUGUAGAAAUCAGCUCUACGGUCACUUGUUAUGCUCUAUGUUACCGGGCACUGGUCAUCAUAUAUUCCUCUAUACAAAUAAUUAAAAAUGAAUGUAUAUUUUUUUACUGCCUUUGUCAAAUCUGUGAUAUACAUUAUAAUGUAAUUGUGUAUAGAAGUUUUAAAGGUGUGUCUGUUGAUGGGCAUGUGACCAUUCAGUGUUUUAAUCCUUCUUUGUGCAUGCAUUUAAUGUAAGGUUACUAGUGAAUGAGGAGCACUCCACCUGGGAGUUUAAAAAAAAAAUCAGUUCUGACAGGUUAAGUGAAAUCCUCGAUUUUGAUUGGCUGAAAAGCGGUGGUCUAUGACUGUUACUAUGGUAACUGUGGCCAAAGAAUGAAAACUUGUCAGUGCUGAGAAAUGAUGCCCAUAUCUCACUUUAAUCAAUAAAGUUGGUUUUUGAAUGAACUCAUUUGAUACAUCCCACACCAUUGACUUACUGCAAUUUAAAGGGAAUAUAUCUCUUAUUCCAAUGGAGUUGAUGACAAUAUAAAAAGUGUACCAUAAAAUUUAUUAAAAUUUUAUGAUGUUAGGCAGUUUAGAACUUUAGAAUAUGGAAAACAUGGAUAUCUGUAUUUUUUUAAUUUUAUGUAAUACAUCUUGGCCUCCGCAACAUUAAUGUACAGAUAAACUUGCAUACAAUAAGUCCAAUAUUCGCCCAUGACCACAUUAUGCAAACGAGUUAUAUAUACAUACCUCAUCAAAUUUCUUCUUAGUCUAUCAGAUUUCUGUGAUCCCAAAAGAUUUGAUUUCAGAAAAGUUAUCUGUAUUCAUAAAUAUCAAUGACUGACUGACUUAAGACUGCAUAAGACUCCUACGGGUGAUUCUUUUCCAUUCAGUUCUACCCUGGGCUAGGACUACAGCAUCCUGUAGUGGCUGUAGGAGGAAUCCCACAUCACUUCUGACAUGGUCCCUCCAUCUGGAUGGGGGGCCAUCCUGGUGGUCUCCUCUCUUCAAAUUUCUGUUGUCCUUGACAGAUAUCUCGAAAAAUUAAGUUAAACUUUGAUAUUUUCUACUUUGUGGACAAUUUAGAAACUUGAAA